UGUUUGACAACAUCUCAUCCGCUAACAGCUAAACUCAAACAUAAAACCUGUUUUCUCUUUAAGCUCUUGCUACUUGGAAWAACGACUUUAUCUGUUUUAUUUGCUACAGACUAACAGUUUGUUACGAAGUGAAGUAAUGUAAAAUAUUCAAGUAUGUUUCAGCUUCCUGUUAGCAGUUAGCCUUCUAGCUUAAAUUUCCUCAUAUUUCUGUCAUAAAACAGCUGAUAAAUAAAAUCUGUUCCUGUUUGACUCCAUCUYCAGAGGUCCAGAUGCUGAAUAAAACCCAGAAGAUCAGCCUGUAAAGAUCCAGCUGAGAUUUGUUGAGUUUAUCCUCUGUCCCAGGAAGAUGAUCUGUCAGGUCUUCAUCCUGUCCUCGAAGGGCGAUCGCCUCAUCUACAAGGACUACCGCGGCGAGGCAGGAAAUGAUGUCAUCGACGUUUUCUACGAGAAGGUGACGGCGCUGACUGGAGACCAGCCUCCGGUUGUCAUGACUCACAAAGAUCUGCACUUCCUCCACGUCAGGCAGGGGGGGCUCUACUGGGUCGCCACCACCACCGCCGACUCCUCGCCGUUCCUCAUCAUCGAGUUCCUGAACAGGCUGACGGCUCUGGUCAAAGAUUACUGCGGCAGCAUCUCAGAGAAGUCGGUCCAGAUGAACUUCGCUCUGAUCUACGAGCUGCUGGACGAGGUUCUGGACUACGGUUACAUCCAGACCACGUCCUCAGAAGUCCUGAAGAACUUCAUCCAGACUGAAGCGGUUUCGUCUCGACCCUUCAGCCUGUUUGACCUCAGUAACGUGGGUCUGUUUGGAGCAGAAACACAACAGAGUAAAGUAGCUCCGAGUUCUGCAGCCACCAGACCGAUCCAGUCCAGCAGGGACCAGGUAAACCUGACCCAGGAGGGCGGGAAAAGUGAGAUCUUUGUGGACGUGGUUGAACGGAUGUCGGUCGUUAUCGGCUCUAACGGGGUUCUGAUGAAGACUGACGUGGAAGGAGAGAUCAGAGUCAAGUGCUACAUGGCCAGCUGCUCAGAGAUGAGGAUCGGCCUGAACGAAGAGUUCAGCAUCGGGAAGUCCCAGCUCCGAGGGUACGGAGCAGCUGUUCGGGUGGAUGAGUGCAGCUUCCAUCAGUCGGUGCGACUGGAUGAGUUCGACAGCCAUCGUAUUCUCCGGCUCUGCCCGAGUCAGGGAGAGCAAACAGUGAUGACGUACCAGCUGAGUGACGACCUGCCGUCUUCUCCUCCGUUCCGUCUGUUUCCUUCCAUUGAGAGAGACGCUGCAGGGAGGCUGCUGAUGUACCUGAAGCUGCGCUGUGACCUGCCUCCAAAGAGCGCGGCCAUCAACCUGUGUGCCUCGGUGCCGGUUCCUAAAGGUUCAGUCAGUUUGUCCCAGGAGCUCAGCAGUCCGGAUCAGAGCGCCGAGCUGAGGCUGCAGAGCAGAUCCGUGGUCUGGCAGAUCCCUCGCUUCACCGGAGGAACUCAGCUGUCCGCUCUGUUCAAGCUGGAAGUCCCUGGUCUCAGCUCGGCCUCCAUGUUGGAGGUGGGUCCGGUGGGUUUGAGCUUCGAGCUGCCCAAGUAUACGGCCACGGGACUACAGGUCCGCUUCCUGCGCCUGUCCCCGAUCCAGCCCAGCCCGUCUCAGCGCUGGGUCCGGUACGUGACCCACUCAGACUCCUACAUCAUCCGGAUCUGAGCCCGGAUCAGCAGGAAGCAGCCAGCUCUGCAGGGAGGAAGCUCCAGGAGGACCAGCCUCUGGGACCGGGCCGCUGUUUGUGCUGACUCAGGCUCUGACUCGUCUCCACUUCUCCUUUAGAGCCGCUGCCUGCAGAUGAUUCACUCCGGCCUUUUAUCCUCCAUGAAAAGCAGUUUAACCUUGGGAAGGAGGAGAUUAAACGCUUCACCCUUUUCCUGCGGUGGUCUCACAGGAAGGAGGAGCCGCUGAUGAAGAGGACGGACAGGCCGAAGAUCUGACAGGAAGUGGUGGAGGGACCGCAGUCCGACGGGUCACACAGAUACUGAGCGUGCUCAGCGCUCCACUUCCUGUUUUAAACUGGACAAACUCAUGACUCUGUCACUUUGAGGUCAGAGGUCACCGCCUGCUGUUGAACGUGUCACAUGUUUUUCCAUCACGUGACGCUGGUGAAGAAACAACCAUGUUUUAUCUGAGUGUGGRAAAUAAAGACGUUUAACGCCUGAUUAACGAUCAAUAAUUAAUAAUCUGUUAGCUUCAGCAGAAAUGUCUUCAUCGUGUCCUCCAGGGGUCAAUCUGCAGGUGUCCACAGCUGUGAGGUGUUCCUGCAGCUGCYAACAUCUGCUUCCAGAGGAAGGAGCAGGUUGUUUACACUUUAAAACCAUCACCUAUUCUAUGUGUGUUAAAGGUUUUAUCUACUUGUUGAUGUUUACUUUGUGAAGACAAACUGUAGUCAUAAAAACCCAAAACUGGAAAUAAAAACUAAAACCAGCACAAUUACAAACUC